AGAGGAAAGUUGUACUAUGAUGGCUUCCCUUCUUAGUUUCCUCCUUGCCUUUCAUCUCACUGUUAUCAUGUCAAGUUCCCUAACCACAACAAGUGAAGUGUUCUCAGAGCAGUCUCUUGCAAAACCUGUGGAAAAACUCACCCAACUCCACUUCUAUUUCCAUGACAACCUAACUAGUAAAAACCCAACCGCUAUGCAAAUUGUUGGACCUCCAAAAGGUUCCACUGGUGGUUUUGGAGCCAUUUUCAUGAUGGAUGAUCCAUUAACUGAAGGACCAAGUCCAAGUUCAAAGCUGAUUGGAAAAUCUCAGGGGAUGUAUGCUAUAGCUUCUCAACAUGAGUUUGGGUUGCUCAUGGUCCUGAACUUUGUUUUCAUAGAGGGUGUGUACAAUGGUAGCACCCUCAGCAUUCUUGGGAGGAAUGUUGUUAUGGAAAAAGUUAGGGAAAUGCCUGUUGUAGGAGGUAGUGGGGUAUUCAGAUUUGCAAGGGGUUCUGCUUUGGCUAAGACUUAUAUGUUUAACACUACUUCUGGUGUUGCAAUUGUUGAGUACAAUGUGUCUGUGAUGCAUGUUUGAGCAUUAUGCUGAAGUUGUAAUUUUUAGGUUGUUUUUACUGGGGUUGAAUGUGAUGAUCACUUAGUUCGUUUAGAAUAAUAAUAAAAAAAAAGAAUCCGAUGGCUUAAUUGUCCUGGUUCUGUGGUUUAUAUCUAUGUAAUAUGUACGUAAUGUGUGUACUGAGUGGUUAUUAAGUUUUAGUGGUAGUCUUGCUUUAGUGGCAGAAAUCACUGAUACUACAGUUUGUAAUGCUGGAGAUGUAGUUAUGCUUGACUCAAUGAAAUAUAACUGUUUGUAGUCCUGUGUA